GGCUUCGAGCACGGCAGCGCGAAAAGAAGCUUCACUGUUGACAAAACUGUCUGACGCGGUUAGCAUUUUAUUUUCAAAUAUGUGUAAAGUUACGACAUUUGUGUCUUAACGCUACAUGACUUGUUUUAGGUCUUAAUUCUUCCAACAAGGAUUUUUCUGUUUAUUGUUGCUUCACGAGUGUUGGCGUAUUUAACUGACAUUAGCUUAGCCAGAACUGAAAAUAUUGCGAUACUGUAACAUUAACGUUACAUUUGCUUUUUAUUUACCGGUUAGCUUAGCUAGCUAACGUUAGCCGUUAUGAAGCCCGUCAGAGGCUCUAACCGAGCCGCAUCUAAAACACCUAAUGUUCAACUGAAAAACAAGAAAAAAAGAGAGCAGAGGACGGACAAACAAGAAACAGAGCAUCAGGAGCCGGGGCCCAGUGAAAAUAACCAUGAGACCAAGAGCACCCACACAAAACCAGCAAAGAAGAGGAAAGCUGUAGGCUCAUCCUCAGUCCUUAACAAGGUCAAAGGUCAGGACAAGUGGGAGCUGAUACCACGAUCCUCCAUCGUUGCUCUGGAGAACACGAUGGACUUGUCAAUACUAGCAACUCUUGCUUUGAUGCGGAAAGAGAAGAAAGAGAGCCAGGAACAUCUGAACAUAAUGAAAACCAGGUUCCUUGCUCAGUGUGCAGAGCUCAAAGUUCCAGUGCAGAAACAGAAAGAUUUCGAGCAAUCAUCUCAGCGCCACCAGGAGGAGGCCAAGAAGUCAGUGGUUGGAAAGACGAAUCUGAGCACUCUGGAGAAAGACUUGAGGGCUGUGGUCCGUGCUCUGGAGAGGACAGACGAGCAGACUGUCUCCUUACAGCACGCUUGCAGUACGCUGAGAGACCAAGUGGAGGAGGAGGAGGAGAAAGCUAAAGAGAUCUUACAGAUAGCCGAACAAGCAAGUCUCAACCUUCCCCCUCUACCUCCACAAAAAGAUGAAACAACAUUAGAGGCUCGAUUGAUGAAAAUUAUACCAGACAGCGACUCUGAGACCACUGCCUUGAAACUGGGGGAAAUCCUGCAGAAAUCAGAGAUCAACCACAACGCCCAGGCGCUGCUUCUGCAGGCACAAAAUCAUGCCGAUCAGCUCUUCAACCCCGGCUUCACUGCGAUCAGUGGUGCACCAUCUCUGCUUUCACAAGUUUGAAAUCUUCUUUUCAAAGAACAUUAAGAGAUGCCUGUACUAAGUCAACCCCAAACAAAAAAAAAAAUUGCAGCCGUUAUGUGUAGAAUUAAUACAUUUCAAACUUUUGCGGCACCUGUAGAAGCACUAAAAAAGGAAAGACACUGGGGCAGGCAGCAAUUUAAGCAGCAAUUAUUAAAAGAAAAGUUUAAACCAUCAUAUACAGAGAUAAGACAGAAAUUUUUUGUUGGCAUUUCAUCUUUAUUCCAAAGCUGAUAGUAUAGAUACAGAUAGGAAACAAAGGUAGAGAGUAAGAGGUAUAACAUGCAACAAAGGUCUGCACUGCAGCCAGAAUGGACUUAUUUAUGGACGUUGUGGUUAUGUGCCUCGGUCAGUCAACUCUUAUCUCCUGCCUUCAGUUUUUUACAGUAUUCAGUUUCAUACGAAAACUAUAAUUAAAUUUACUGGUGCUCUGUAGUUGCAUUUGGCAAUGAGAUGGAGAGUUCAGAUAUCCAACUUCUCUGUUAUCGUUUGAGCCUAAAUACCAAAACACAAACUCAUUCAGUAGGUUAAUGCUUCACUUGUAAUACUGUACUUACAAAAAAAAACCAAGCAGUUGUUCAUAAUUGAAAUCAUUCCCUUGAAGACAUGAGUGCAUGUAAGUAUGGGCUGAUUGUUUAUCAGAUAUAAAUAAGGGGUGGGUCCAUCUGCGUUCUUUUCUCCGUCCAUCCAUUUUCAUCCGCUUAUCCGGGGCCCGGUCCCCCAGCAACGCUUUCCAGCUCCUCCUGGGGGACCCUAAGGUGUUCCUAACUAACUGAUUGAGGCAGCGGCAGACCAGCUGGGGGACCCUAAGGCAUUCCCAGGCCAGAUGAGAUAUGUAAUCCCUCCAGUGUGUUCUGGGUCUGCCCGGGGCCUCCUACCAGUGGGACGUGCCCAGAACACCUCUAAUGGGAGGCGCCCAGGAGGACCCAGAUCAGAUGCCUGAAACCACAUCAACUGAUCCCUUUCGACGUGAAGAAGCAGUUGCUCUACUCCGAGCUCCCUCCGGAUGUCCGAGCUCCUCACCCUAUCUCCAAGGCUGAGCCCAGACACUCAACUGAGGAAACUCAUUUUGUUCUUUUCUGUGUUUUAUAAAUGGAAACGUCCACUCAGCUGCUAGCAAAAAGCAGAAAUGAAGGCUACAGCAGCGUUUGCCGCUAAUAAUAAUAAGUGAAAGGGGUAGUUUGAUUUUUUUUAAGUGGGCUUGUGUGAGGUACUUAUCUGUAAACAGUGUUAUAUUUCCACCGCUUUACCUUGCAGCCAAACAACCCUUUGCGACUGGGAAAUGAAGCCGUUGCAUCGCUCUCUUAAAAGCCAGCAGGCCCCUUUAACAAUACCAGUAUUUAACGUUGCAGGACACAGGAGUUGCUGGUCUACUGCUGCCUCAAUCGGUUAGUUUGUGUUGUUGUGUGAUUGGAACUGGAAUAAUGUGGUGUCCACAGCAGUAUACUGCUAAGCCCGUAAGACACAAUUCUCAAAGAAGGCUUGGGUCAGUUACAAAGAGGCACAUUAGGCAGACAAGGAAAUGAAUACCUGGUAAUGUCAUUGUGCAGAAACCUACAUCAGGUUAUGUGGGAAUAUUUUUAGAAGGGCUUGGGAAAAUUUAAUUUUGAUGCUUAAACAUAUGUACUUAGACCAAAAUUUGAAUGUUUGGAUUUGAAUACAGAACAUACGCUACUGGAAUGAUAGAAAAACCUCAAAAAAAAAAUGGACCCACCCUGUAAUCAGAUGGCAUUUAAAGCUUUUGUUUAUUCAUGUACAGAAAGAAUACAUGUAAAGUGCUACUAUUAUGUACAGUUUUUUCCCAUUUGUCAAUAACAGAAUAGGUGUGCUUAUAUAGACAACAAGUAAUAAAGCUACGUGUGUG